CUUACCCGCUGGAAAUAAUGUUUUUGUUCUGUAGAAAGUUUUCAUAUAUUUAAUAAUUUAAUUAUUUUAUUUUACAGAUAAAAUUAAAGUAAGAGAACCAAUUCAGACCUGGAACUGACAGAAGUUUUACUAACUUGGUGCCUACAUGUUAUGUUUUUAUUCUUGAAAAGUGAAACUGAAAGUAGGUUACACGUCAAAGUGGGAGUUUAUAGUAACACCAUUUGUGUCCAAUCGUAGCUUAUUCAGCUGUGAUGCGAACCCAAUGUCAACAGACACAGAUCAUGCAGAUAGUGAAGAUAUCGAGCUGUUUAGCAUGACCUCGGAAAAACGUCCUCUAGUCCCAGAAGCAAGUGUUGCUUAUGAAACAGUCGACUCCACAACACACGUGCAGGAUGGACACGCCCAAGGAGAGACCCCAGGGACACCAAAGUUUAUCUACAUCCUGUCCUUUUUUGCUGCCAUUGGUGGGUUUUUGUUUGGGUAUGAUACAGGUGUCGUGUCCGGGGCCAUGCUGCUUCUUCAGCCCGAGUUCAAUCUUGACUCCGUCUGGGAAGAGAUGGUGGUCAGUGCCACGAUCCUGUUUGCCUGUAUCUUCGCCCUCGUGGGCGGGCCUCUCAAUGACAGGUUUGGGAGGAAGGCAGUUACUGUGGUAGCCAGUCUUGUUUUCACUGGUGGAGCCGUGCUACUUGGCGUCGCACAGAACAAGAUCAUGUUACUGAUCGGGAGGAGUAUUUUGGGGGUCGGAAUUGGACUGGCCUCCAUGACUGUUCCUGUGUACAUAGCAGAGUGUGCCCCCGUCCAUCUACGUGGGCGACUUGUUACUGUAAAUAACCUCUUCAUCACCGGCGGUCAGUUUGUGGCCAGUGUGCUGGACGGAGCUUUCAGUUACGACAAGAAAAAUGGUUGGAGAUGGAUGCUAGGGUUAGCUGCUGUACCAUCUGCGAUUCAGUUUGUUGGCUUUCUAUUUCUACCUGAGAGUCCGAGAUGGUUGAUAAAACAAGGCAGGAUAAACGAGGGCCGUGAAGUUUUACAGAAAUGUCGCGGAACAACCGACGUAGAGGAGGAGCUAAAUGCCGUGAGGGAAUCGUGUGAGGAGAACAGGAGGAGGAUGGAGGAAACAGGAAGUGAGAAUGUGUUCCUGAAGAUCCUGCGGACGCCAGCGGUCAGACGAGCCGUUCUGGUGGGGAGUGGACUACAGCUGAUCCAGCAAGUCAGCGGAAUAAACACCGUCAUGUAUUACAGCGCCACUAUAAUAAAGAUGACUGGCGUACGUGACACGAGUCUCGCAAUCUGGUUGGCUGCUGUGACAGCGGGCGUUAAUUUCAUCUUUACGAUCCUGGGCGUCUGGUUGGUGGAGAGGAUUGGUCGGAGGCCUCUGAUACUCGCUAGUCUACUGGGUGUGUUAGUUAGCUUGGUGGUGCUAGCUGUAGGUUUUCAGUUAGCUGCUUUCCAUUCACCACCCGUGACCUUCACUGAGUCUAAUGGUACCUGCUCAUCUUACAGAUGGUGUGAAGACUGCACAGAAAAUAAACAUUGUGGAUUUUGUUAUGUUGAACUUGGAAAAUCCAGGGUUAAUGGCUCAUGUGUUGCUAUGGCGACCAAUCAGACAGACGGGGCUGCCUGGGGGCGCUGUGACUCUGACCCUCGACCCCCUGACGUGGUAUGGGCCAGUGAUUACUGCCCCACUGACUACUCCUGGAUGGGACUCCUGGGUCUAGUUCUGUAUCUCAUGUUCUUCGCCCCUGGAAUGGGUCCCAUGCCAUGGACUAUAAACUCAGAAAUUUAUCCUUUGUGGGCCAGAAGUAUGGGAAAUGCAAUCUCCACAGGAACCAAUUGGAUCUUUAAUUUGGUGGUGGCCAUGACUUUCUUAACACUGACAGAAAGUAUUACUAAGUAUGGUACCUACUGGUUGUUUGUGGGUGUCGUUUUCUGUGGACUCCUGUUUAUUGCGGCAGCUUUGCCGGAGACUAAAGGUAAAAGUCUGGAGGAGGUAGAGACUCUCUUCCAGGGAUCCGUGUGUCCGGGCUUCUCCAGGAAAUCACACAAAACAGAAAAUUCCACGUGACUUAAAACAAAACCUUCUCCAGGAAAUCACACAAUUCAACGUAACACAAAACAAAACUCUUCUCCAGAAAAACGCACAAAACGGAAUUCCACGUGACAUGGAGACGGAACCAGGCAGCUAAUCAGCGAUAUGGGAACCAGCUUAAUGUGAUAACAGUCCAAUGGACCUGGUGAUAUUGUGAUGCAUGAUGAGUAAUGCUCAGUGCCUAAUUCAGAUCUCAGAGAGAUGGAGUCAUAAAGUGCAAUAACUACUUAACAUUACAUGUAUAAAUACAAUGUAAUUUUAUGUAUUCUAUGCAUUCCAUGUGCCUUAAGUAAUCAUAACUGGGGAGCAAUAACGUUACCAAUUGUCUUUCCCUGAGAGAAUAUUUUGUGCCAUGCAUUCUUUAAAAAUGCAUUUUCUCAUUCUUAUUCUAGCUGUGAUAAUUAUAUAAAUAUAUAAUAUGGUUUUUAUGUAUAUUCUGAUAUUUGAGAUAUAAA